AUGUCGUUGAGAGGCACAAAGCGGGCUAGUGGGGUCCGCAGGGACGAGGCAGGCACUUCCAAGCGCCGAAGAGUGGAGUCUGAAGAUGCACUCUGGCAGCUUCGUCCAGUUAGUGACCUCAAGAUGUCAUCAAUUUAUAAUAGAAAUGCCUCUGAGGCACCUGCAGAACUUUUCAGGAAGGAUUUCAUUUCAAUGAUGAAAUUGGCUGAUACCGAGCCACUAACACCAAGCGAUUACUGGAUAAUCACAGACACAUGGAAGCAAGAUUGGGAGAGAGGAGUACAGGUUCCUGUCAAUCCAGAUUCUUUGCCAGCCCCUAAAGUUAAAAUUAUUAAAAAUCCAAAACCACCAAAAUUUGAAGAAUUCAAACUACCUAAGGAUAAAUAUAUUCAUCUUAGUAGAGAUGCUCAUUACCUGCCAGAUAAGCAUGUGCUGAGCACAACACCAUCCCAAGCAGAGUCUGCUUGUAAUUAUGACCUAGAUGCUACUGACAUGGCUUGGCUCAAAUUAUUAAAUGCAGAACGCGCUAGAGCCGGAGCCACAGCAGUAACAGAAGACCAACUUGAAAAAGUAAUAGAAGAACUAGAGGUACGAACAUGGGACAAAAUACAAUCAAUAAUAAAAUCCGAAGAAGGCUUAGGUCUUGAAUAUGAUGAAAAUGUAAUAUGUGAUGUAUGUAGAUCUCCAGACUCUGAAGAUGGAAAUGAGAUGGUGUUUUGUGAUGAGUGUAAUAUAUGUGUCCACCAAGCAUGCUAUGGCAUAACAGUUAUUCCAGAAGGUCAAUGGUUGUGUCGACCCUGCCGCGCAGGUGUUAAACCUAAUUGUGUUUUAUGCCCCAACGUGAGCGGGGCCAUGAAAUGCACGCCAUCUGGUCAUAAAUGGGCCCAUGUAAGCUGUGUUUUGUGGAUUCCAGAAGUGUCAAUUGGUUGUGCUGAAAAAAUGGAGCCCAUCACUAAAAUAGGUUCCAUUCCUCAGUCAAGGUGGUCUCUAGUUUGUGUUCUGUGCCGUGAAAGAAAAGGGGCUUGUAUACAAUGCUCUGUAAAGACUUGUAAAACGGCUUAUCAUGUUACUUGUGCAUUUAAAUAUGGUUUAGAAAUGCGGGCGAUAAUUGAAGAUGAAAAUGCUGAUGAUGGUGUAAAACUGCGAUCAUAUUGCCAAAAACACAGUGUAAAUUCCAAAAAAGAAAAGUGUCCUGGUUCUGGAGAAGAAGAAGAGGAAGCUAAGAGAAAACGUCGUAAAGAUAUGACUUCAGAAGAAAAGAAUCAAGCUCGAGCGGCGAGGCUUCAAGAAAUUGAGGCAGAGUUUGAUGAACACAUUGGUAUCAAUGAUAUUAGUUCUCACUUAGAUGUUGAUCAAGAUGCUGUCAGUUAUAUUUAUAAUUAUUGGAAAUUAAAAAGAAGGGCUGGUCAUAAUAGACCUUUGCUUCCUCCUAAAUCGGAUAAUAAUGAACUGCUGACACAUAGACAAGAACAGGCUGAUCUCGAAAAAAUGAAAAAAUUUGUACAACUUCGGCAAGAUUUGGAAAGGGUGCGUAACUUGUGCUAUAUGGUUAGCCGCCGCGAAAAAUUGUCAAGAUCCUACUUCCGAAUGCGCGAGCAAACAUUUCACAAACAAUUAGCAGUCUUAUCUGCGGAUUCAACGAUUCCAACACCGGAAUUGACGGCAAUAAUCGAAGCCAAUCAUGGACCCUCUAUAUAUGACAGGUUGUAUUCAGGUCCAAAUGCACCUGACCAUGAAAAUGAUUUUGAUGAUCUUCUAGCCAGAAUAGCUCCACAGGAAUCUAGUGAUGACAAAAAACGGGACCGAAAUGGCUUGGUCCGUGGGUCAAAAUCUUCAAAUCCUUAUAAAAAACUUUAUGUAAAUGGUUCUCGUAGGGGUGGUAUGUAUGCUGGACUUUCUAGUGAAGAAAGUGGUACUGAGAUUGGGCGAUCUUCGAAGUAUCGGGGAAGAACAAUUGGCUCCAGCACUGAUGAGGACGAAACAACUCACACUAAAAAACGGGUCGCUGCCAAGAAAAAGAUUUCACCUAAAGGUAAAGGUAAAAAAUCUCCCAAAAAAUGUGAACAAAAGAAGAAGAAAGUGCCACUUUCAAAAGCUAUUGUUGGAAGUAGUUCAGACGAUGAAAAAGUAAAAACUAAAUUAAAUAAAGAUCAAUCUCGUAGUAAAACUCUUCAGCAAUUGGAACAAGAAAUGGCUGCUGGAAGAGGAGACUCUGUUUCAGAUAGUGAUGAUUUGAUUCCAAUUAGAUCUACUCGAAACAACAAGUUCCCAGUUGAUAUUUAUUCUGAUAGUAGUGAAAGUAAUAAAGAAAGCAAGAUAAAGAUUGAAAAAUCUCCGACUGAAAAUGAUUCUAUGCAAUCAUUGCCUAGAACAAAAGCAGCUAUGAAGGAAUUCAUCUCUAGUCAACCUGAAAAGAAAUCAACUAAUGCAGAGUCCAAUGACUCUAAAGCAAGUCCCAAAAAGAGAGGACGGAAACAGAAUAAUAAGGACAAGAAAAACACAAAUAAAUCCAAUGUUUCUGAAGAUGAAACAAAAGAGAAUAUCAAGUUUGCUAAACAAAAAGAAAAUCCUACUGAUUUGAUUGUUCCCCAAAGACAAGCUGCUAAAAAGGCCUCAGAAAAUAUGCGGUCAACCACUGCCUCUAAAAAAGAUGAUGCUCCUGUUGAAAAGCAGCAAGUAAGUGGAGAUGAUUCAAAGAAUAAACAAAAAGUAAAGGCUAAGGAAAAAGAAAUGAAAGAUUCAAAACCUGCAAAAAUAAGCAGAAAAAAGUCAUCGAAAGAUCAAAAGGAAACAAUUGCGUAUGUCCCUCAAAGGCAGGCGGCUAAAAAAGCAGCAGCUCAUAUAAAGAGUGGCCUUGGGGCUAAAGCUCCAGUGGUAGAACCAGAUUCUGAUAAAAAGAAAGAAAGUGAAAGAUUAGAAGAAAUAAAGUCACCCAAGAAAGAAGAAAUAAAAUCUAAAAUUAUCCAAGAUGAAAGUUCGAGCUCCUCCUCUAAUUCUAGCAGUAGCAGUUACACAUCAUCUUCAAGUUCUGAUGAAAUUCAUGAAAAACCAGGCAUUAAACCUACUGCAAAAGCUCGAGAAAUAAAACCGUUUCCGAGGCAACCAUCGAUGUUUUCGCCACCAGGUUCUAGGCCAACAGUGGAUUUGCCCUUUCUUGACAAGGUAUCAAAACCACUGUCUUCAACUAGUGCCUCUAGUGACUCCGAUAGUUCUAAAGGAUCUAGGUAUUCGAUUACUCGACCUCGGAGACGUCGCAAAGCCAAAACUAUCACAGAUGAAUCCACUCACAAGACCCCAGACAAGAAGCUUAAAACUUCCGAACGGCGGUCCGACUGUGGGGCUUCAUCGCCGGCUAUUGAAGGAGAGGAAUCUAGUCGAACAAUGGUCGCGGUCCCUACCGUGCGUACUCGGACCCGAAGCACUGCUGGAAGCGGAAAUAUGUCUGACAAUUCAGAAUCGAGAGCAAGAAAAUCACCCAGGAUCGUCGACGUUGUCUCGCCCAAACAAGAAGAGGGCAGCAAGUCCAUUGAACUUACUGUUACGCAACGGGAAACGGACGAGACGAUAAGAGAUGAAGUUGAUGAAAUUAAAGCGGAAAACACUAUUAAAGAUGAGGAUGAGACCUUUGAUAAAAUCGACACAGAAAAAAUAAUUGAAAUAAUUAAAAGUCCUUCUGGAAGCAAGUCUCCUAAAGAAGAAAUUACCGAAGAACCUGAUUUGCUUGAUAAUAAAGAUAUUGAACUUAAAAGUGAAACUAAGUCACUUGAAAAUGAUACAUCGUUGUCAGUUUCUAACUUAUCACCCAUUAAAGAAAAAAUACAUAUUUCUGAUGACGAAACUAUAAGUACACACCAAAACUGGCUGUCACAAGCUCCUAGUCCACAUGUUCAUCCUCCUCCUGUCGAAAAACCAGGCGAUCACGAGAAAUAUAUGACAGAAGAUAAAUCUCUAGAUGUUGAUUUUACAGAUAGAAGCAGUAUUCGAAUGAUUGCUAAAAUUCAAGCAAAUCUAAAUGAAAACACAAUGAUUAAAUCACCCAAAACACCUAUGGAUGCAAGAACUCUUACAAUGGAUACUAUUGAUGUUGAGAAUACAUUGACCAGAAAUAAUAGAAAGUCUACUCUUGACAAGAAAUUUAUUGCACAAGACUCGAGUCAUGUCCAAGGGGUUGAAAUAUCAAAAAGUGCUAAAAUUCCAUCUGCUUUAAAUACAUUUCCAAACAGAAAUAUAUAUUCACCUCAACCUAGAGAAAAUGAUCAUUAUGAAAUUGAAGUCUUUCCACCAUAUUCAGAAUUUAUAUUUAAAGAGGAUUCUAAAGAACAAGGUGCCCAAGAAACUUUAAACCUAGUUGACCGUCUAAGAAUGCAAUUAAGUUCAAAGAAAGUGCAACCUGAAAAUUUUGUAUCAGAUGAUGGCUUUACCAAUGAUAAUAAAGAAAUGGAAAUAGAAGUUCCUCCUUUAGGUCUGAGUACACCUAAGAGUGAUCCUGAUAGUCCAGUAAUUUCAUUAGUUGAUGAUGACAAAAGCUCAAUUAAAGACUUACCAUUAAUUCAUCAUGUACCAAACACAAUUGAUCUACUUCAAAAUUUUAAUCAGAACAAACAAAUAUCUCAUUCUAACCAUCACAAUGAGAACAAUAUGGACUAUAUGGAUGAUGAUAAAGAUGCUAUAUCUAUCUUACAGAAUGAUUCACAAUUAGAGCAAAUUGAUAAGAAAUAUGAUGAUACUACUUCUUUUACUGAUGAUAUAAAAGAACCAUCUCUUGCUCAGUCUGACAUUAACUCCAUCUCUGAAGUUGGUGAUUCCAUAUCAAUUUCAAAGAUAAGUGAUGACUCUCAGUCUUUAUCAGUGGUGGACCAUUCUAUUGACAAUGAUUUAACUCAAGACAAUCAUACAUAUGAUAAUAAUAAUUCUGUAAUACAUUCAGAUUGUGCUACAGUGUCAUCUCCUUAUCUUAAUCAUGAAUCUAAGUGGCAAGAGAGCAAGAUAACAACAAGACGUUCUUCAGCAUCUAGCACAAAUUCUGACAGUUCUAUUAAUUCUCAAAAGACCAGUCUUCGUAUAUCAUGCGAUCGCCAUCGAUCAGGUGUUAUGUCAGAAAUAGAACGUUACCCACCUAUACCACCAUAUUCACAUCCCUUAGAUCCUGCUAUGUCUCUGAACCAAUAUGCGAAUUAUCCUCAAACUGCGUCUCCAUAUCUGGGUCCUAUGGUGUUGCCUAUAUUUCCUCCAGGAGCAUGCCCAUCAUCACAACUGUCAUUAUCUUCGACUGCUCCAGGCCUUUAUGUUCCAAGCUUAUCUUAUUCAGCUACAUCACUGAUGCCACCCUUAUCAAAACCGAUAUUUUCCAAUAUUUGUGCGGCAUUUACGACAUCCUCCCAAAAUAUAGCUUUAACACGAGCAAUGAUAGCAUCACCGACAUCAAAGCCGCUUGACUCGCCAUCUGAAGAUAUUGAUGUAACCGGUAGUGACAAGCUAUCAAUUAACGCACCUUCAAGUCCCAGUAUAAGUGUUGAUUCAUUUAACGAUGGUAGCAAUACCCGAGAGACAAUUAAAGCUGAAAAUACUGAGAGUUCACAACCCCCAGAUUCUAUAUCACCACUGAAAGUUACAAAACAUAAUUCACUAAAGCUAUCCGGGAAGAGUCCUGGUAUAUCGCCAAAACAAGUAGAUGUACCAAAGGGAACUAAAAGACCAAGCAACAGAAGCAACAGAACACAAAGGGGACGAGGUCGUUCAAAAAGUCGUGCUCAGGGUUCACAAAACCUUUUUAGCGCCCAUAUGGAAAAUUCUAUACAAAGUAAACUUGUUGGUACUGUAUACGACUUUGAAGAAGAGAUAGCCAAUGAUGGUGUUGAUCUGAAAGCAUUAAGAGACCGCCGAAAAUCCAUAGAUGUAAAAGACGAACGCAAAUCGGAGCAUAGUUUUAAAGAAUCAUCGCAAUCACCACAAAUCUCCAGCCCACAAAGUGCAUCCAUCAGUAUCAAAGAGGAUAAGGAUUCUCUUAUUCUUGAAAUUAAAAAAGACGAAUCUAAUUCGCCCACACAUACGGAUAAUUUGGAACAUACUAGUUUUUCUCAAGUACAGCCAGUUCUACCUGGACCAGUCGAUAUGCGGACUUACAACGCUUCGGAAAUGCAAUCUCCAGCUGUCAGUGACGUUUACCACAGUCAUUUGUUAGAAUUUGCUAGUGGAACUGCUGAUCAGCAUUUACCUGAUAUUGAUGAGGAAGUAGAAAAGCAAUUGCAUACUGCACUCAAAAUGACAAGUAACCAAAAAGCAGACGCAGAACUUACCACCCCAAUACCAGACACAAUAAAUAUUCAUCAAGAUUCAUUUAUGCCCCAAUUACCAAAGGUCUCUUUAUCCGAUUCUAGAAAUCAGUUAAAAGUUAAAAUAAAAGGACCCUUCUUAGAUGCAAAUUACUCGGCUAGCUCAGCGACCCCAGUAGCACCAAAACCACCUGCCCCCGUUUACGAUCCCAAUAGUAGUUUCUUGAACUUGUCCACUGGCUCUGUCUCAUCAACUGGCUCUACAAACUUGAGACGCAUGCGUAAAAAAGAAUUACUGCGGCAAUAUUGGACGCAAGAUAUGAACAUGGAUGAUCCUACUAAUACUACAAAUGUCGGAAUCGUACCUCCACCUGUAGCACCUCAGCCGCUAGCUCGAGCAGUUAUAACGAUACCAAAAGCCGUAGCUUCCAUGACAAGCAUACCGACCAGAGAAGAUUACAAAAUGACCGAAACGGCUGUGGAAAAGAAAAAACGUAAGAGCAGUGCUCUAUCUCGAGAAUUACGGCAGUUAAAUAGCGACAUAGAUUUGUCUGAUAAUGUAAAGUUAUCGAAAUUCGUAGCUGGUCUAGGGCAAUAUCCAAAGAGACGAACGCGAGUGGCUCCUUCGAAACCAAGCCCGCCUUCGCCCAGUGAAAUAUCGCCUGUUGCACCCAAGUUAAAAAUAAAAAUUGGCUCAAACUUAGUGCAACCCGUACCUGAAGAUUCAUCAAGCUGCCAAUUCCGCCCCCCUAAGAAACGACUUCAAUCCCAAAUAAUACCCACACCUAGCAUGGAAGAUUUGAAACGUGAAAGCAUGAUAUACCGCCGUAUGGUAAUGGCUGAUUUCGAGGAGGACAAAAAACCCAAAAAGCCAAAAAAAGAUAAGGGCAAGAAGAAAAAGGAUAAAAAACUUUUAGUGGUUAAUAGUGAUAGUGAAAGCACUACUAAGUUAAUUAUAAAAAUUAAGCGCCAAAAAGACGCGGCAGAGGACAAAAGCGGAGAGAGUGCGGCUCGCGCCGAGCUGCCUGUGGACCCCUUCGACUACGACCCGUCAGCGCCCGACCCACUCGCUAUAGAUACCCCUUUCUGUGAAUCCUCGUCUGCCUUGCGAAGGAUACGAAAUGAAAAAGUGACCCCGAUACGUUUAAAACGUAGUUCGCAAGGUUCCGGUUAUGUAAUGAAAAAGGCGAGGUUGGAAAAAGAGGCCGCCGAAGCCAAUAAGAGUUGUCCAACAUCGGCUGCGCUCCCUUCCGCCACCAUCGAUGGAAACUGUACAGUGAGGUGA